GUGACAUGUGACAUUUAAGACAAAAAUAAUCUUUAUUUAUUAAUAAUUUUGUAACAUAUAACUAACAAUGUCUGACAAUACAUCAAACGAUGGGAAAACUGAGAAUUUUGUUAUAGAUCAUUUAUUUUUUCAUGAUUCUGAAUAUGACGAUGCACUAGGUGUUCCUGAUUCAUUAGAAAUGACUAUGAAUGAAAACGAUGACAGCACAAAUAUUAAUUCCAAUGAUGGUAUUGAUAACGUAGAACAUCCUGGUGUGAUACCUUUCUCUUCUAUAUAUGAUUUACCAAAAAACAUUAAACGCCAACAUUAUGAUGUUUUUAUUCCUGGUGAAGAUGUGCAUGUGAAUAUCAUAGAUAAUGAACGUAGUGUAACAACUCAUCCUUUGAAUCCAAACUUGUACACUAUUGAAUUUAGGCAUGGCCAUUUUACUUGGACAAUUAAAAAACGUUACAGCCAUAUCCAAAAUUUGCAUAAUCAAUUGAAAAUAUAUCGUGCUAGCUUAAAUAUACCUUUUCCAACUAAAAGUCAUAAAGAAAGAAGAAUCAGCUUAAAAAGUUUAGGAGAUGCAAAAGAAGGAAAGAGGCACAAAGGUGCAUUACCAAGAUUUCCAAAUAAACCUGAUGUUUUAGUAUCUUAUGAACAAUUGGACCAUAGAAAAAAAGUAUUAGAAGAAUAUUUGACUAAUUUAUUAAAAAUAAAAAUUUAUUUGCACCAUCCAGAAACAAUCGAUUUUUUAGAAGUCUCGUAUUUGUCGUUUAUAGAAGAUUUGGGAAUGAAAGGCAAAGAAGGAAUUGUAUUAAAACGAACUGGAUCAGGUGCAAGAUUUAGAUGUAAUUUUUGUGGUUUGCUUGAAAGCAUGUGUUGUAUUAGAUGUAAUCAUUUUUGCACGUCUCUAUGUGGAAAAUGGCAAUCUCGGUAUUUUAUCGUUAAAGAUACUUUUAUUGCCUAUAUUAGGCCCAAAGAUGGUAUAAUAAAAUCAGUAAUUCUAAUGGAUAAUGGAUUUGGAAUCAGUUGUGGCAUGUACACUACUGGUCUAAGAAAUGGAAUACAAAUAGUAAAUCUUAGCAGGCAUAUACUAAUUAAAUGUUGGACAAAAAGAAAAGCUAAAGAAUGGAUGGAAUUUAUACAAGAAGUUAGUAACAAGGAAGGUCGAGAUUUUAUACAAUCAAAUCCACACAAUUCAUUUGCACCUUAUCGUUCGCCUAUAUCAGCCUCGUGGUUUGUUGAUGGAUCAAGUUAUAUGUAUGCUAUCGCAGACGCAUUAGAAGGUGCCAAAGAAGAAAUUUUUAUUGCAGACUGGUGGUUAUCACCUGAGAUUUAUAUGAAAAGACCAGCACUUGAUAGCAAUUAUUGGCGGUUAGAUAAAAUUUUGGAAAGAAAAGCUUUUGAAGGAGUUAAAAUAUUUAUAAUGAUCUACAAAGAAGUAGAAGUUGCAUUGGGUAUAAACAGUUUUUAUAGUAAACAACGACUAGUUGAAAAAUGCCCUGAUAAUAUAAAAGUAUUACGUCAUCCUGAUCAUGCAAGAGUGGGAGUGUUUUUCUGGGCUCACCAUGAAAAAAUUGUAGUUGUUGAUCAAAGCAUUGCUUUCCUUGGCGGUAUUGACCUAUGUUAUGGGCGAUGGGACAAUAAUGAACAUAGACUAAUAGACUUAGGCAGUACCCACCAAUCUAGCAUUUACAUUCCAUCUAAAGGUAGAUUUACCAACACCAGUAGUAAAAAAGUAUCAAAUGCCAAUGUAAAUAAACAUGUCUUAUUAUCAUUGGCUAUUGCAACUAAUACAGUUGUAAUGGCUACUACAAGAUCUAUACCUGUAUUACCAGUAAUGAGUAGUAAAUCGCCGAUGCCAUUAGCAUUAUCACAAUUAAAUACUGAAGAUUUAUUUCUAAUGCAAUCAGUAGACGAAACAGAUACUAUGAAAUGUGAUACUCCAAGUGUAGAACGUAAAAAUUUAUUUGGGAUGGCAAAAGACACCAUGGACAAAGUAAAACACAAUAUUAAAAUAAAAAGACAAGAAUUCAUUAACAUGGUAUAUAAUCCACAUGAAGAAAGUAGUGAUGAGGAAAAUGUCAUGAAUACUGAUACAACACCAACUCCAUUUGAAGCUACUGAGUUAAUGGCAUACAAUAAAGAUCUACAUUCCGAUUAUCCAGGUGUAACUAAACUAUGGUUAGGUAAAGACUAUGUAAAUUUUAUUGUUAAAGACUUCAAUGAUUUAGAAAAACCUUAUCAAGAUCUAGUAGAUAGAAGUAAUACUCCUAGAAUGCCAUGGCAUGAUAUAGGAGUUAUGGUACAAGGUGCAACAGCAAGAGAUGUUGCCAGACACUUUAUACAACGUUGGAAUGCAAUUAAGAUGGAAAAAGCAAAAUUAAAUUCAUGUUAUCCAUUCUUACUUCCAAAAUCGUACAAAAACUGUAAGAGCUCUGUUCCAUUUAUUGAAGAAUCUGCUAUACACAAUGUCAAGUGUCAAGUACUAAGAUCAGUCAGCUCUUGGUCGGCUGGUUUUCUUGAUUCAGAAACUAUAGAACAAAGUAUACAAGAAGCUUAUAUUGAAGCUAUUAGUAAAGCAGAAAGGUAUAUAUAUAUAGAGAACCAAUUUUUUAUAACACUUGCAUCCAUGGAACGCGCCACAGUAAAAAAUCGCAUAGGAGAAACCCUAUUAAAACGAAUUCUAAGAGCUCAUCGAGAAGGAGCAGUAUUUAGAGUAUUUGUGAUAAUGCCUUUAUUACCAGGUUUUGAAGGCGAGGUUGGAGGUCCAACUGGUACUGCUUUACGUGCUAUUACACAUUGGAAUUAUGCUUCUAUAUCAAGGAGUCGAGGUGCGAUCCUAAAUCGACUAAAUGAAGCAGGAAUAGAAGAUCCUAGUGAAUACAUUACAUUCCAUGGUUUAAGGACACAUGCAAUGUUAAAUGGUACAUUGGUGACAGAACUAAUUUAUGUUCACAGCAAGUUAUUAAUUGUAGAUGACAAUACUGUCAUUUGUGGUUCUGCUAAUAUUAAUGAUAGAAGCAUGAUAGCCACGAGGGACAGUGAAAUUGCAGUAAUAAUUCAUGACCAAGAAUUUGAAGAUGGAAGAAUGAAUGACAUACCAUUCCCUUGUGGUAAAUUUGCAGGGUCAUUGAGAAAACAAUUAAUUUCUGAGCAUUUGGGAUUGUUUAAGACAAACGAGAAUAUGGAUAUAACAGAUAUAAUUAAAAAAUCAUUCUAUAGAGACAUAUGGCGUGCUAGAAGUAAUCAGAAUACAGAAAUCUAUGAAGAAGUAUUUCAUUGUAUCCCCACUGAUAAAGUGGUUAAUUUUUCUAUGCUGAAGCAGUACCAAGAUGAAGAACCACUUUCAUUAUCAAAUCCACUUUCGGCUCAAGAAAUGGUCGAAGAAAUUAAGGGUCAUCUAGUAAAUAUGCCAUUAAACUUUUUAAGUAAUGAGGAUCUGAAACCAACUGCUGGUACAGUAGAAGGAAUAAUGCCAACAGCACUAUGGACAUAA